AUGGUUUUACAAUACAGUGUCUUUUUCAGCAAACGAGAGUCGGCCACUCGCUCAGGGCCCGCCGGUCACGACCACCUCAGAUGGGUGCCCACCUCUUCAACGCUGAUAUACGGCGACAAAGAUGCUAUUUUAGUGGACGCCCAGUUGACUUCUCAAGCGUCGAAUGAACUCCUGGAUUGGGUCCUCAAGAGCGGCAAGAACAUCACUCAUAUCUAUGUUACACAUGCUCACGGCGACCAUUUCUUUGGCGCCGCCCCCAUUCUGGAACGGUUUCCCAGUGCUGUCAUGGUCGCAAUACCGGAAGUUGUGACCAGGAUGAAACUAGAGACUGCGCCAGCGCGUCUCACCGGGCUCUGGGAAAAGCUGUUUCCGGGCCAGAUUCCGCCGACCUUACGUGUUGCUGAACCUCUUGAGCGAGACUACCUUGAACUAGAAGGCGAGAGGCUGGAGGUUGUCAGGACGGGUCACACAGAUACUGAUGACACGACUACUCUCUGGGUUCCCUCUAUCAAACUUGCCGUGACUGGCGAUGCGGUGUACGCAAAUACUCACCCAUAUUUGGGAGAGUCCGGAACGGCUGCCAAGCGAAAGGAGUGGAUCAAGGGUCUGGAUACUAUUACUGCACUUGAGCCCAGUCACGUCGUGGGUGGACACAGUGACCCAAGUCGCUCAUUUGGGCCUGAAGCGAUCAAGGAUACUAAGAAAUAUUUGGAGGUCUUUGAGAGAGUAACUGCCGAGACCAAGACAGCCGAAGAGCUUUAUGCCCGCAUGCUGGAGUUCUACCCUAAUCGACUGAAUCCUGGGUCUCUAUGGGCAGGUGUUAUCUUAGUUCAUAGCUUAUAA